CAAACGGAGGCGUUACCACUUCCUUUCCGAGUGAGUUUGCGGACGCAAAGUGUGUAGUGAGAGAAGUGUCCUUAGUUCGUUUACAGCUUGUAACCAUGGCCCCCAGCACGCAAGCGGAUGAUACAGUCUCCGGUGUAAGGAAAGGUAUUCGAGCCAUUCUGCUCGGCCCGCCCGGUGCGGGGAAGGGGACGCAGGCACCCAAGCUUGCAGAGAAGUACUGUGUGUGUCAUUUAGCUACUGGGGACAUGCUGAGGGCCAUGGUGGCAUCUGGCUCCGAGCUCGGUCAGCGGCUUAAGGAAACCAUGGAUGCCGGCAAACUGGUGAGUGAUGAGAUGGUGGUGGAGCUCAUAGACAACAACCUGGGCACGCCUGCAUGCAAGAAUGGAUUCCUGCUGGAUGGUUUCCCCCGCACUGUCAAACAGGCAGAAAUGCUGGAUGGCCUCUUGGAGAAGCGUAGUGGGAAACUGGACUCUGUGGUUGAAUUCUCAGUUGAUGACUCUCUGCUAGUGCGCAGAAUCUGUGGGAGACUCAUUCAUCAGCCCAGCGGCCGGUCUUACCAUGAAGAGUUCAACCCUCCCAAAGAACCAAUGAAGGAUGAUGUAACCGGGGAGCCUCUUAUUCGCCGUAGUGAUGACAACGAGACCACCCUGCGCUCCCGACUAGAGUCUUAUCACAAGCAGACGGCCCCUCUAGUGCAGUACUACAGUGCCCGCGGCCUGCACACUGCUGUUGAUGCUUCUCAGUCCCCCGACCUCGUCUUUGCCUCCAUCCUUACUGCCUUCUCUGCUGCUACCUGUAAAGAUCUUGUUUAUUUUGUCUGAAUCAUCUCUACGUCCAUUCUUUCCUUCUGUAUGAAAUCCAGUUUCUCCCAUCCAGGUUGAUCCAGAUGUGAAAACAAUGGAUGAGGGGAAAGGGGGGAGCUGGAAGUGACUCAGAUGUUUAUUUUGAUCAUUCCAUGUAGUGAAUGUGUUUUGUAAUGAACACAGAUUUAACUGAAACCCAGUUGAUUACCUCCAAUAAACAUGGGAGACUAUUUUCUACUA